AUGCGCUAUUUAACGUGUGCGUUACUUGUGGUCCACUUGAUGAUCGAUGAAUACUUGGAUAGAAAUUCUCCGUCCAUUGAACAAUUUCAUGAACUUUUACAGCCGUAUAAGACAGAGUUUGGCGCUAUUCUACUCAGAGAUUAUCAUGAGUUGCUAAAGAAGUAUGAAAUAGCUGAAAUGCUUUCGGAGGAUUUUAAAUUCUCUACAAGUUAUUUAUUACACUAUGCCUGGGAGAAGUUGCAUACAGGUCAUUGGAAAAAUGUUAACAUUUGUUGGCGUGUUUUAUACGCUUCAAUUAAAUUGUUAACUGUCUUGUAUAGUUUACGUAAGAGUAUUAAUGAAAAUAAAACACAGUGUAACAGUUACAAUUAUUGUCAUAUACAAUACACAGAAUUGAUUUGUGAACUGGACUAUAGUCUAAUUAUGGGUUAUUCAAUUUUUGACAGUUUUGCUGCAAAAUUAGCCACUGAACUGCACAAAUGCAUAACACUGAGAUCUCAAGAAUCAGUAGUUUGCAGUGAGGACAAAUAUUCCGACGAUACUUUUCAGUUGGACAAGGAUAACUUCGAAAUGGAAAUAUUGAAUGAAACAAUGACAAAUAUGAAUAUGAAUAAAUUAGCUCGUGUUAGCUGUCCAAGCUUGGAGAUGUUUAAUAAUUUAAUGAAAUUAGGCCGACCAUUUAUUAUUACAAAUGCAAUCAAUUUUUGGCCAGCUUAUCAUCAACACAACUGGACACUGAAAUAUUGGAAAGAUAAUUUUGGUCAUCGUCUUGUACCUGUUGAAAUCGGUUCAAAGUAUACUGAAGAGAACUGGGGACAAAAGUUGAUGACAAUCAAUGAUUUUAUUAAUAAUUAUUUUACAUCAAAUAAUGAAAAGCAAACAAAUAUAAUGAAAGGUUAUCUAGCACAAUAUGAAAUAUUUUCACAAAUUCCUGAACUAGAAAGUGAUAUACACAUACCGGAUUAUUGUACACUGACUGGGGAUGCGUUCGACGAUGAUACAAACAAUGCUAAUGCUGUGUGUGUUGAUGAUAUUCACAUUGACACUAAUAUUUGGUUUGGUCCAAAAGGUACAGUUUCUCCGUUACAUCAUGACAAUGAUCGAGCUAAUUUGUUAAGUCAAGUUAAAGGUUUCAAAUAUGUUGUAUUGUAUGAAGCUUCACAGACAGUUUAUUUGUAUGCCUAUGAUGACAAUAUGCUUAGUAAUACAUCAAAAGUAGAUAUAGAAAAGCCUGAUUUAAAUAAAUAUCCUGAAUUUGUUAAAGCUUCUGGUUUCUAUGGAAUUCUUGGUCCUGGUGAAAUGUUGUAUAUCCCACCACGUUGUUGGCAUUAUGUUCGUUCGUUGUCGGCUAGUUUUUCUGUAAAUUUCUGGUGGGAUGUUGUACCAUCACUGAUACCUCCGUGGCAAUAAGGGUUGUUGUGUGUGUGUGUGUGUUUGUCAACCUCAUGUAUUUUUAAAUUUGUGUAAAUAAAUUUUGCUUAUCAUA